AAUCACUAUGUACAUAAAUCUAUAUGGAGGACUCGUAAACUAUUUCUGCAGGGCUGUUAGGGGCGUUGGUUGAUUCAACAUCAACAAUCCGUGAUAACUUGAGAAGGACUGGGUACGAGUUUAUUAAAUACGUCACAAACAAUUCAAGUGUUGGAAGAACAAAAAUUAAUCCAACAGCGAGUUGUAUUGUUGUAAUUGUUCUGAAAUGGUUUUCUAGACUUGUCUUUACCUCUUGUAAAAUGUAGUACCAAUGUAUUCCAUAAAAUGAACUUUUGGAUGAGGAACUUUUCCAAUGUAUGGAUAUUUACAAGCUCGCCGUGCAGAACGUGUGAAUUGUAAUAACGGCAAAAAACGUGAGAUACUUAUACGAUCAAGUGUUGAUUUGCAAUCGACUGGAUCCAUUUCAUGGGAAAGCAUAUCGUAUUUCUUUGGACGGUGGUGGAGAAAUGAUUUGCACACCAUUGAUUUAACUCCGGACAAAAAACUAAACGAAACUCUUGUUGACUCUGAUCUGAUCAAGAAACAAACAAAAUUGCUCCACAAAGAUCUUUUAAGAAAAAUGGAGAACACUAUUGAGUAUACUGUGACUGCUUAUGACAGUUUACCAAAAAUUGCUUUAAAGUUUGAUGUAACUCCUUCAGAAUUAAGUCGACUCAACAGGCUGACAAUAAGAACACUUUACCCCGGACAGAUCCUUCGAGUUCCUUCACCAAAACCUGCCAAAGCUAGUUUUGAAUGUCCGAUGAAUGAAAAAACAGAUGCUUCACAGAUAAUGACGAUGCAGCCAACAAAUGAUGUAAUGUGUAAAAUACCGGUUGCAAAACGAGUUUCUUUUGAAGAUAUUGAUGAGGAUGUUUUAGAAACAUUCAUUAAGAUUAAAUCAAAAUAUAUCACAGAUGGACAGGGUGUUGUAAAAGGGUUUUUAUUGAUCACUCCUCAUGCCGUGAUGUUUCUUCCUGAUGUCUCUGAAAUACUUGUUGUAGAUAGAGGCAUAGAGUAUUAUAACGUACAUUUUACAAUGCAAUCAGUUUGUUCUGCUGGUUUAUUUGAUGAUAUUGCAUCCAUGGUCGUUCAUGAUGAGCUUCAACCUGGACAUUUUUUCUUGGAUAAACCUCUCAUGUUAUGGCUAGGCAAUGAAGAUAUUCAACCCCCUAAGAAAGUGGAUGAGAAGGAAAGUUGUAUUACUGUAAAGGCACCUUGUGAUGCUUUACAGGAAAAAUCUUUGGAGUCAAUAAGUGAAAUUACAGAAAAUAUUUUACAUCAAGAGAACGAAAACACUACUAAGGAUGUUUCAGAUCAAGGGGAUUGUUCUCAGAAAAUCUUGAUUGAAAAUGAUGGCUGCGUUAGUGAAGAUAACGCGGAUAAAGAUUGUUGUAAUCUGGAAGAUAAUUUGAAAGAGGAUUUACAGCAAUUUUUCGAGGAAAGUAAAUGCACAGGUGCUAAUAAGGUUGACUCUGAGAUGGGUAUAAUUAUGGAAGAAUUACAAACGAAUAUUGUCAAUCGUACAGAUAAACAGUUGUCUUUGGAAACUUCAAUGGAUUCCACAACAAUAAUUUCCGUUGAUGAUGUCGUUUUGUCAUCAAGCGAACAAUCUGGACUUUCAAAACCCAAAGAUGACAUAGAAACAAGCAAAGAUUAUGAAUCAGCAACAAAACUACAUCAAGAUGACAUAGAAACAAGCAAAGAUUAUGAAUCAGCAACAAAAAUACAUCAAGAUGACAUAGAAACAAGCAAAGAUUAUGAAUCAGCAACAAAAAUACAUCAAGAUGACAUAGAAACAAGCAAAGAUUAUGAAUCACCAACAAAACUACAUCAAGAUGACAUAGAAACAAGCAAAGAUUAUGAAUCAGCAACAAAACUACAUCAAAUUAACAGCACACCAAAGAUGCCCUUGUUUAAGGAUUUAGCAGGAGAUCGCGGGGUAGAUAUAGGUAAAGAGGGAUUUAGAGAAGGUAUUAGUUUGGAUAGUGGUAUACAUGAAAGUAAAGAAGAUGUCGAAGAGGAGGAUACUAAUGAUCAAAGAUGUUCAAGUAAAUCCCAUGUGUCAAUCAAGCCGCGAGCGUCACGUCACUAUGAGAAUAUGCCAAAGUAUCUUUGUAUACGAAUAAAGAAAUCUUGUUGGCGGGAGAUUCGUCCUAGGUGUUGCCUUUACGCUCAUGAGGACAUACAACGAGUUACUGAUGUUAGACGCGAGUUCUGGUUCUCUAUACCAAGUGAAAGAUUACUUGAGGUGUAUAGUUUCUUUCUCGAAUGGUGUCCGGCAAUUCACGAUGGUGAUACGGACGAUGAAGAGGAAGAAGAACGAAAUUUUGAACGUUCAAUUGAUAGUGAUUACAGCGUGAUUACUAUGCCCAGGAAUGACGAUGAUGAGACAUUUGAUGUUAUCGAAAAUUUUUACUCAAACAGUCCUAAAAAUGAGCACAAACAAAGUGAUCGCGAAAACAGAAAAAGAGCUCACAGCCAUGAAAAACGAAAAAAGAAAAUUUCUGAAACAUCAGUCACAUCGCGAAGAUCAAGUUCAUGGAGCACAUGCUCUACAGAUGAACCUGUAAUGCCAGAGAUUAUUGGCAAGUCCGAAAUUCUCACUAAUCAUCAAAUUCUGCAGCUAUCUCAAUGUUUACCAUCACGUACGAUUGGUCACAGUUGGCGUUUGUUUUACAGUACUUAUCUUCAUGGCAUCAGUUUGAAGACAUUAUACAGAACUUUAGCUGAUUAUGAUUCACCAGCAUUACUUGUUAUACUCGACGAUUCUCACCAAGUUUUUGGAGCGUUUGCAUCCAGUCCGUUUGCGGUCAGUGAUCAUUUUUAUGGGACUGGAGAAUGCUUUCUAUAUACAUUUCACCCUCAUUUCAAAGCAUUUCGUUGGAGUGGUGAAAACACUUUCUUUAUAAAAGGUGAUCUUGAUUCUUUAGCUCUUGGUGGAGGAAAAGGAAAUUUUGGCCUUUGGCUGGAUGAAGAUUUAUACAAUGGCAGUAGCCAUCGUUGUAAGACGUUUAAUAACGAACCUCUUACAGUGAAAGAGGAGUUCUUGUGUUGCGGAGUUGAAAUUUGGUGUUUUCAGUAGUUUCCCUUCACACUUUUCAAAAACACCAGUAUAAUCAAUGAUAAUUAUUCUUAAAAAAUAACUUCAUUAUUGAUCAUAGCAAAGGAGAAUAAUACAAAUUGAAGGAUGUAAAUUUAUCAUUCUGUUCCUACAUGUAAACUUGAUAAAUCUCUUUAAAAAACAUAAUUUAAAUGUUAUCAUAUACAUUAUAUGAUAUGAAGCAAA